AUGUCGGAUGUUACUACCUCCGACCCAAACACCAUGACCGGAUCCUGCAAUUGCGGUUCCGUCAGAAUCACCAUUCCCAGAUCUGAUCAGAUGGUUCUAUGUCAUUGUACAAGCUGCAGGAAAUCCGGUGGAUCGAUGGCUUCCUCGAACUUCUCUAUCCCAACAGAAGAUCUGAUCGUGGAAGGGUCAGAACCCAAACAGUACAAAACCAAAGGAACGUCAGGCGGUGAAGUUACCAGGAAUUUCUGUGGGGAAUGCGGAUCGCCUCUAUGGACGGCGGUAGCAGACCCUUCCAGCGUAUUCGUCAAAGGUGGCCUAUUCGAUCCUCAUACGGUGCCUCAGCCAAACGCUCACCUUUUCGCUAAGAAUAUGGAAGAUUGGGAGAUCGUCCAUGAAGGUGCAGAGAGGCUUGAGACUCAGUAG